AUGGCUCCUUUCUUUACACAGUACUCUGUCGAAAAGAACCCUCCAGCUUACGAAGAGUAUUCCUUUGAGCUGCCGGAGUUGUACCGUCAAAUCGCAAAGGAAGAACUGCGUGAGGAUGAUACGGUCCGGGAGAGUUCCUUGAUCGAAAUGCGACAAUGGAUCGCGAAUAAUCCGCAUAUCCGGAAGUGUCGAACGGACGCCAAGUUUCUGCUGCGCUUCCUUCGCUUCCAGAAGUUCUCCGUCCCGAUGGCUUGUGAGGCGCUCGAGCGUUACCUAUCGAUUAGGGAGCUGCAUCCAACCUGGUUUAAGCAGCUGGAUUGUAACGAUAAGUCGAUGAAAGAGAUACUUGAGUACGAUCCAUUCACGUACCUUGGGCAGGAUAGCGCUGGCCGCAUGGUGAUGCUCAUCCGGUUCGGUCGCUUCCACGCCGAAAACCAUACGGCUCUACAAGACAGUCGCUACACCGUGAUGCUGAUGGAGACCAUCCUUGAGUGGGAAGAAGUGCAGAUCGGUGGAUGCCAGGUGCUGAUAGAGUAUGAAGGUUGCACGGUGUCCAGUUUCGAAAAAUGGAGCUCUUCGGAGCUUAAACUUGUAAUGGACCUCUGCAGCUGUUCGUACCCAUUGCGCUACGGUGAAAUUCAUGCCUUCGGGUUGCCGAAGUUUGGAGUUCCAGCAGCCGAAACGCUUCUCACCUUUGGUAAUCCUAAGAUGCGGGACAAAAUAAAGUGCCAUUCAUCGGUGACCGGGCUUGAGAAGUACAUCGAGCCUACGAUGAAGCCGAAGGAAUACGGUGGCGCAGUUGAUUUGAGUCAGCUGAACCAAGCUUUCCGCAAGCGAAUCGAGGAACAACGAGAGAUCACCCUGGGACUCGAUCAAAUGGAAAUUGAUGUCGAGCACUACGCAUCUGUCUGGGAGGAGAAAGAGCCGUUGUCCGUGGAGGAGGCUAGUGUGGUAUUUAACCCGUUGAACAUCGAAUAA